CCCACCAGCAGAACUCUGCACUGACUGCAACUGUCAGUCAAAAUUUUCAGUCCGUGUUUCCAACGAGUUGAGGCAUGACCUCUCAUUUUCGGCCCUUCCUGGACUCGACUCACUCUCCGAUUCAAAAUUUUUAGUAAGAAGUGUAAUUUUACAGAAUUGAACUUGAAGGAGAAGGUCAUACGAAGUGAGCCAGUGAGCCUCAGUUUUGAAUUGGCGUAAUACUGUACUAUCUCAGGAAAGGGGGUAGAACAAAAUUUUUUAAGAAGUAAAUUUUAGUCACAGUGAAAUCAACUAGAGAUAAAUGAUGUCUGGAAUAAUGACAACUCAUUCCGGGCCGAUUAACGAUGGUACAGACAAUAGUAACAACAGUAAUACCAGUAGUAGCAGCAGCAUAGGGCCUAUCAAUUUUGAAGAAAAAUAUGCAGAACAAUUGGAGGAAUCGGAUCGUCUCUAUGAAAUAAUUUGUAGGAAGGAUACUGAAAUUAAAAGGUUACAGACACUAUGUCAUACCUUACAUCACAGGUUGGGCAAGAACAAAGAGUCUUUCGAAAAAGAGAAGAAAGAUUGGAACAGAUACAAAGAUGAUCUUUUGCUGGUGGUGCGAGCUGCCGACAGCUACCACAAUGAAGCGAUGGCCAUCGUCGAAAAGCAUAAAAUGAAAGUCAAACAGUACAAAGCUCUUAACUCUGAAUUAUGGGAAAGAAUCGACGUGCUUCACGAACAGUUAACUGAGUCCAACCCCAAGCUCCCACGUUCGUCCAGCUGUCCCCACUUCACGGACGAUUUUCGUGAGCUAGAAGAUGCACAAGUGACAGAAGUGAUGGAGGAAGACAGUUUGCCAAUCUCAGAAUAUGAUACAGCAAAUACAAUGGAAAUGGACCCCACUACCUCUGAUGAAAACUCGUUUGUGGAUUGUGCUGACGGUCUUGAGUUUCUAAUGCCCCCUUGUCUUUCUCCUACUCUUCCAUCCACGACACCGUUAAUCCCAACAACGAAAUUUGAAAACAACAAAGAAAAUUUUGAACGGGGUAGUUUUCGAGUUCCUAAAGAGAGUAGUACAGAGACCUUGUCUAUCAUUUCUCAAAAUAAAGGUCCCUUGAAACGCCGAAGCAAAGGGGCGGCUUUCUUUUCUAGUUUCCAAUCGGUGGAGAAAGAAACUCCACAAGAGCGGGAUCCGUUCCAAAAUUUUAUGAGAUUGUCUGGAGGUUCCAAGAGAAAUGCGCUGCUCCGAUGGUGUCAAAAUCGAACAAGCGAUUACAACUUUGUGGAGAUUACAAAUUUCAGUACCUCCUGGAGGGAUGGGAUGGCACUCAAUGCGUUGCUUCAUUCCUACCUCCCAGACCAAAUCCCAUACGACACAUUGAGACCGGAAAACUGUGUAGAUAAUUUCCAGCUUGCGUUUCAAGUUGCAGAGGCAGCAUCAAUACCUCAUUCUCUGACUAUUGAAGAUAUGUUGUCUGAAGAUCGCCCGUCUUGGGAGAAAGUUAUGAACUAUGUCAAGGACAUUUACUCCACGUUGGAGAACACUGUGAUUGAAUAAUUAAACACUUCGUUCGAUGAAAAUUUUUACGGAAACAAAUUAGGUUUACUGAUAGAUUUUAAAUUCACUGUGGUAUAUGUGUGUUAUGCAAUGUAUAAGAGUCGACUGUAAUUUCAACAUCACGAUAAACGAUCUGAGUAAUUCUUACUAUUUCUUACCCUUUUUUCUCUACAUAUAUAGUUUUUUUUAUAGUUUAACACAAUUGCACAUAUGCAGUUAAAGUGCGCAAAAACAUAAUUAUGUGUAUUCUCAUCCUAGUUUUAAUUGAUUGUUGUUUUUUAUUUGUCCUCGUGAGUACUUAUAACGAUGGUCUUCGAGUCACAAAUAUUUCCUUAAAGCAUGGUCUCAUGAUUCGAUAGUUAUAUAUAAUAUUAUGCAAACUGACAAAUAAUCAGUUCAUAAUUACAUGCAUGCAUGCAUACAUAGUACAUAAAUAAUCAGUCUUUAAUAUGAUAUAAUUAAUAAUUCGCUAGUAAUACUGAUGAUAGGAUAUUAAGACUAAAAUAAGAAGUCACUAUGCUACUGUUUUUUAAAUGCUCAUGCAAAAACAUUUGCUCAUUCAAGUUUAAGUCACGUUGAUGUGAAGAAUUUUAGUCAGAAUUUCUUGAAAAGAUUUUUAUCCUAAUUAUUCCUAAUAAGUAUAAUAAUACGCAUUGUCAGCUUGCAACAAGGAAUAAAGUACGAGAGACGACGUUUCUUAAUA